GCCAUGAGAGAGAGAGAGAAGACAUACAGCAGCAGCACUGCCAUGGCUCUACAAAAAGACUUUUUCUCCUUCUCUCUGCUUUUCCUCUCCGAUUCAUUCUUUCUAUGGCUGCCGUUUCCUGAAUAAUCCAUUUCCAAUUAACCAUUUCUUACUUCAUUGACAAUAGAGAAUGGGGGAGUUAGUUCUCACUCAUCAACAACAACAACAACGACUUAGUUUACACCACCAACACAACAAGACAACGCCGCCAGGGAUUAUGACGACGACGGCGGAUGAAGAGCUGCAGGUUAUUGAGGUACUAGACCAAGAUACGGCGAACAACAAAGGUGACGCUUCCUCUUCUGUUUUGCGAUGGGAAAGGUUUCUUCCUCGUAUGGUUCUCAGAGUGUUGCUGGUUGAAUCCGACGAUUCCACUCGCCAGAUUAUAACCGCUCUUCUUAGGAAAUGCAGUUACAGAGUUGCCGCUGUUUCUGAUGGACUUAAGGCAUGGGAGUUACUGAAAGGAAAACCUUGUAACAUAGACCUUAUAUUGACUGAAGUUGAUUUACCAUCUAUAUCUGGAUUUGCCCUUCUAACUCUGAUUAACGAGCAUGAUAUAUGCAAAAGAAUUCCUGUCAUAAUGAUGUCAUCGCAAGACUCCGUAAGCAUGGUUUACAAAUGCAUGUUGAGAGGUUCUGCUAACUUUCUAGUCAAGCCUGUGCGAAAGAACGAGUUGAGGAACUUGUGGCAACAUGUUUGGAGAAGACAGACGUUGAUUGGAAGUGGACUUGGUCCUAUAGAUGAGAGUGUUGCACAACAAAAAGUUGAAGCUACAGCUGAUAACAAUGAUGCUAGCAAUCAUUCAAGUGGAUAUAUUGCUUCCAUUCAGAGAAAUAGAGAACGGAUUGAGAAAGGAAGUGAUGCUCAGAGCUCGUGUACAAAACCAGAUAUGGAAGCUGACGUUUUAUGUCUUGAAAAUCUUCAUGAACCGUUAAAAUCUCGAUUGCCUGAGACGAAUGUUAUGAAUCCUGGAGAGUCUUCCAUGACAAAAAAUAAGUCAAUGGAGGUAGCUGCCAAUAAAGAUGCAAAAUUGGUGGGAGGGGAAAAAGAUGAAGUGCACGAAAGUCAAAUAGGGGAUCCAAAUAUUACUAAAGAAGCCAUUGAUUUAAUUGGAGCAUUUGAUCAUUGUUCAAACAUCAGUUACAGAAACUUCAUUUCAAAUAACUACACAGAUAAAGUAGAAGAUUCUUCAAUGCUGGAUCUUUCUUUACGAAGAUCAGAUGCAGGUUCACCUGUAAAUCAAGCCACUGGCGAAAAUAACAGACUGAAACAGUCUGAUGUCUCGGCCUUCUCAAGGUAUGUCAGCAGCAAGACACUUCAGCCAUUACAAUCAGUAGUGACUAAGAGUCAAUCGCCCGAGGAUCAUGGAACUGGCUAUGAGAAACAAACUUCCGCCAACAAUCAAGACUUCAAUAAGAACAAUACAACCGAGUUGGCUCGUGGUCUAUCUGGAGAAGUGGAGAUAUCUUUUCAAAGGCCUCAACAGUCGAAACUCUCUGUCCCGGUUCCUGUAAGAGCUAUAUACUAUGCACAAUCGGGCAGCACUUCAUUGCUGCAGGGUCCAGGUUCAGUUUGUAAUCAAGAGCCGUUAUUCAGUAUGCACCCAUUUCACCAAUCCAAUAAUGAUGGAAGAAACUCUCAAGAAAUUUCUAAUCUUAUGGACCAACAAGCAAACAACUCAGGAAACCAAACGGAGAUGAAGAGGAUGAAUAAGUUGGAUUCUUCAGACGACAGGCGACAUUUGUCUUCUGCGACGGAUCGGAGUGCGAGUGGGAGUUUUUGUAAUGGAGCCAUGAGCAGUAUUAAUUAUAUUAGCCCUGGGGAUAGUAAAAACGUUGAUAAUGUUAAUCAAGGUCAUAACAGGUUAACUGCAGAGAGUGAGAAUGAAGAGAGUUUUCUGAUUCAAAACAGAAACCUUCAUCAUCGAUAUUUCCAGCGAGCAGCAGCCCUAAGCAAAUUCCGUUUAAAACGAAAAGAAAGAUGCUACGAGAAGAAGGUUCGAUAUGAAAGUAGGAAGAAACUGGCAGAACAACGUCCUAGGGUGAAAGGACAAUUUGUCCGUCAAGUUGCUAAUGAUCUUGUACUUGUAGAGACUGACAGUGAAUUUGGCAAUCUGCUUGAUGGUUAAAACUUCUAUAUCUGAUAGUAUUUAAGAGAGUUUCGUUGUUAGGAUGAAAAAUAGGGAGAGUCUAAACCACUUAAGGGGGUUAUUUUGUUGAUUUAUAUAAUAAAUGUGUAUAUGUAAAAUGUAGUAUAAUAUGGUAGAAAAAUGAUCCUAAGGGGGGCUUCAUAAUUUCAUAUCAGUAUGUAUUAUUAUUGUAAAAGUCCUUGAUUCUUUUCAACAUACACACACCUCUAUCAGAUUAAA